UCUCUGGUUUUCGCAACCUCAAAUGGAACGAUCCCAUAGAAUGAAGAAGAAGAAUUAACCUUAAAAUUAAUGCAGUAUCAUUUGUUUGAAUAAAUGUUUUAAAAAAUUCGAAGUGAAACGCUUCUUUCCGCAAGAUGAACGAUUUGCCAACCAUUGUUGUCGUAAGUUCAAGCAACACAAAACCCAAAUCUCUUAUAAAACUUAUCACCAAAGAAACCCCAACUGAGCUUCCAUCGGGGCUGUUUAAGCAACCAUGGAAAAUAGACACCAAAUACUAUUCGGCAAUAGUGAACCUGAUUGGAGUGGCCGAAUUGUUUGAAUUUAGUGAAGAUUUUUUAAACCAAAUCGAGGCAUUGAUAAUACACAUGGAUUCCAAUAAGGGUUCUGGUCUGGAUGACCUGAAGCAAUGGGAGAAGCUCGAGACAGAGAGUGACCCCGAGAUUAAACUGUUGAUAGCCAAUUACUGCAAUGAAGAAACGAAAAUUACCAGGAGCGACGCAGUAACGUGGUGCUUAAAUAAAGGAUUUGAGUUCGUCGAGUUGUAUCCAUCAGACAUGCAAACUAUUCAAAACUCGGAUGAAGAUAUAAUUAUAGAAAAGUUUGGAGUGAAUCGAGUCAUUGAAGCCUUAGAAGCGCAUACGUGGUCAAAUUUGGUAUUGAAGAAAAUGAAAAAUCCAAGUUCACAGACGACAGGCAGUUCCAAAUGUUGCAGUCAAGUUGUAGCUCCAAUGAUGGUAGAAAAGUCUGAUGACUUGCCAGACGAAUUCUUGGGAGAAGACGAUUUUACGGAACUGUUUACACACUUGCAUAUGAUGAAAGACAGUUUGCAGUCCCUACCAAUCAGCCAGCGAAAGCAGUGUGCAGAACAGAUGGUAACCGCCUUCUGGAAAGCUAUAGGAGAUGAAGACGAGUCAUUGGAUAACAUAUAAAGUAAGAAUCUGGACAGUGGACUUAGCACAAAAACUCAAACAAAAAAAAAGAACUUCGAAAGAAUAAUUAAUUUUCUUUCAACUACUUUUUUAUAAGGUACGAAAAAAGAUACCUUUUUGAUGUUAUUCGGAGAAUUCUAUUAUUGUUUGUUUUCGCAACAGAUAGAAAUAAGUCUUUAAAUUAGGAAAAACGUAUUUAUCAAUUUAGUGAUGUUCUACAAAAUAUUGUUCAAACUUAUUAAAACAAAAACUCUGCGUGUGAAAUGUAUGUAUUUAUUUAAUUUAGGGUUGAAACGAAAUAUAUAAAUGGAGUAUAGACAACUGA